AUGAACAGACAAAUCUGCAAGAAAUCCGUCAGUGGCGGGAGCCAGGGCUUCUCCCUCUGCUCCGCCGUGGUCUCCGGCAGCAGCAGGAUAAGCUGUGUGGCCCGCUCAGGGGGAGCCGGCAGAGGGGCCUGUGGGUUCUGGAGCGGAGCAGGAGGCUUUGGCAGUCACAGCCUCUACAACCUGGGUGGCAACAAGAGCAUCUCCAUCAGCGUGGCUGGUGGCUCCUGGGCUGGUGGCUUUGGGGGAGGGCGCAGCAGCUGUGUCAGUGGCUUUGGGGGUGGCUAUGGGGGUGGCUUUUGUGGAGUCAGAGGAAUGGGAGGUGGUUUUGGAGGGGCUGGUGGCUUUGGAGGGGCCUUCGGCUUUGGAGGGGCUGGUGGCCUUGGAGGGGCUGGUGGCUUUGGUGGAGCUGGUGGCUUUGGAGGAGCUGGUGGCUUUGGUGGAAUUGGUGGCUUUGGUGGCCCUGGUGGCUUUGGUGGUCCCAGUGGCUUUGGCCCGGGUGGCUUCCCUGGGGGAAUCCAGGAAGUGACUGUCAACCAGAGCCUCCUGCAGCCCCUCAAUGUGGAGACUGACCCCCAGAUUGGGCAAAUAAAGACCCAGGAGCGGGAGCAGAUCAAGACCCUCAACAACAAGUUCGCCUCCUUCAUUGACAAGGUGCGGCUCCUGGAACAGCAGAACAAGGUCCUGGAAACCAAGUGGGACCUUCUCCAGCAGCGGACUGUGGGCUCGGGCUCCAGCUCAGGCCCCAGCAACCUGGAGCCUUUAUUUGAAAGCUACAUCAACUGCCUGUGCCGGCAGCUGGAUUUGGCUCUGGGGAAGAAGGGGAAUCUGGAAGGAGAGCUGAAGAACAUGCAGGACCUGGUGGAAGACUUCAAAAAGAAGUAUGAAGAUGAGAUCAACAAACGCACUGCUGCAGAGAAUGAGUUUGUGGGGCUCAAGAAGGACGUGGACGCGGCCUUCAUGGACAAGGUGGCGCUGCAGGCCAAGGUGGACGGCCUGACAGAUGAACUCAGCUUCCUGAGGACCCUCUAUGAGAUGAAUCACCUCAAUGACAUGUCCGUGGUCCUCUCCAUGGACAACAACCGCUGCUUGGACCUGGACAGCAUCAUCAAUGAGGUCAAGGCCCAGUACGAGGACACUGCCCAGAAGAGCAAGGCCGAGGCUGAGGCCCUGUACCAGACCAAGCUUGGGGAGCUGGAGAACAAGGCCGGCAGGCAUGGGGAUGACCUGAAGAACACCAAGAACGAGAUCAUGGAGCUCAACAGGGUGAUCCCGAGGCUGCGGGCUGAGAUCGAGAACGUCAAGAAGCAGGGGGGUAACGCCAACCUGCAGAACACCAUCGCGGAUGCUGAGCAGCGUGGGGAGCUGGCCCUCCAGGACACCAGUGCCAAGCUCCAAGAGCUGCAGGCCGCCCUACAGCAGGCCAAGGAUGACCUGGCCCGGCUGCUGCAUGACUACCAGGAGUUGAUGAACAUCAAGCUGGCUCUGGACAUGGAGAUCGCCACCUACCGCAAGCUGCUGGAGAGCGAGGAGCGCAGGUGA